CACAAAAUCAUCAUUUAGCGUGAACGUAUACCACAUUCAUUAUACCGCAUUCUUUUUGUAUUGUAUUUUUACACCGAAGGGGAAAAUAAACACAAAUUAUUGAAACAUGCCGAAAAAGCAACAGGAGGAACCACCACCGCCAGAACCGGUCGAUGAUUACGAAGAAGAAGCGCGCAUUAAACAAGAUAUGCCGAAGACUGCGCCGAGAGACGCACGUUUUCCGAACACAAACUGUUCCUACUGGUGUUUUCAAAUGUUUAGGGACUAUCAUCGCUGCAUUCAGCUCUUUGAUGAAGGCCAUGAACCGUGCGAUCAGUUUCGAAAAAUCUACAGUUGCAUCUGCCCCAAGUUCUGGGUUGAUAGAUGGGAGGGUCAGAUUGAGAAUGGGACUUUCCCCGGGGAUUUGCCCAACGACUGCAAGAAGCAUAAAUAUGCCAAGGAUAAGUACAAGCUGUAGGGCUGUCAUUUUUUCGUCUGGGUGUCUAAAUUGUUUAGUUAUUGUCGCGUGAAGAUGAGUGAGAAUUUCAGUUCCAUUUUAAAUAAAUUAUUUCCGUUUUUAUUUUA